ACGUUCAAGAAACGAUCUAGUCGUCGCGAGCGAGACGUGGCAACUUCGCGCUGGAUCGCACGCGGUAUACCCACGAUAGGGACAAAGGCCUCGGCAAUGUACUACGUUGCCUUCAAGCGUUGGUUCCGACCGCGGGUGCUUCACAGCAGCCACAUCACACAGUGCAAGUUGGCCACCACCUCGACCAGCUUUCUGCACCAGAGACGCAGUCACCCCAUGCAGUCACCCAGCCGUAAAUGGCGUUCGUAAUCUCGAAUACGAGGCCACCGGCGUGGGAUCGAUCCA